UGCAAAAUGAAACAAAUGAAGCACAGCAGCAACAAGUGGAUGCUGAAGAAACGCAUGACUUGCAAGUUGAAACAAAUAUUACAACUUUGUCUUCCAAAUCAAACGUGGCAGUUUCUAAAAAGAAAAGCAAAAAGAUUCCUGCAUCUAAAGAUUCACUAAGUGAUAGUAAAUCACUUGAAUUAAAUGAAAACUCUGUUAUCACACCGAUAACAUCCCAAGAAGAGCCGGUACAAGUUUCUCACCUAGAACAGGCAGAGACAAUGGAGGGAACCAUAGCUGUGAUUCCUGAUGUUAUUCCUUUAUCUGACAAAAUUGUUCAGAAGCCAAACAAAAAAGACAUGAAAGCAAAUGAUGUCUGCAUGUCUAGCACAACGAAUAAAAAGAAGAAUAUCGAAGGAAGGUCCAAAAAAGAAAGAAAAGGUGGUCAAAAUAAUGCAGGAACACUUCUAUCACCAAAAAAGAAGGCCAAAACGUCUAAAAAACAAGGAAACAACUUCGAAUACAUCUAUAAACCAAUUAUUCUCGGAGAACGAGAGGUCGUUGGAACGAGUCGUUUUGGGCGAACUUUGAAAUCAAUCAAUUAUAUUAAUCUGAUAUUGAAGGAGGAUUUAAAACGCAGAAAUCAACAGAAAAAUAAAAAUACGCGGGGUCGAAAUACAAAAAUCGAGGAGCAGAAAGCCGAAGAAGAAUCAAGCGCUGAAACUGUGAAGAAAUCGCGACGCGAUCGACAAACUAAACGACGAAUAUCCGAUGUGGUACCACCCGCACCGGAACAGAUUAUUAAUAGUGACGUAACAGCAGUUAUUAAGAAACGACGAGGGCGCCCUCCCAAAACACAAAAACUCGAUGUACUACCACCUGCAACAGAACAAGUAAUUAGUAGUGCAGAGACAAAUAUUGUUAAGAAGCGACGAGGACGCCCACCGAAAAAGCAAAUAUCACAUGAUGUGGUGCCAUGCGAAUCAGACCAACUAAAUAAUAAUAAUAUGGAUGCUGUUGAUGCUGACUAUCAGCGCACAAAUGCUAUGGAAGCACCAGCGCCAUCUGGUUCACCACAGCCGUCAACAUCACAAAUCGCAAGUGUACCUACCGAUCGAAUCGAAUCGGGCAUUCCGAAACCACCCGAGUUAUUAGACGCUAAGGAAUACCGCAUGGCUGUGGACAACGACAUCUAUCAACACUCAUACGGCAUAGACUCCAAGUCCAAGUUAAAUACGAGCAUCAUUCGUGUGAAACCGGGAAUGAAAUUGACCAAUUACCAGAACACCUUUGACUUGCUGGAAGGAUUAGUGAUGCGCGGCACUGGUACCAUAACCUAUCAAAACCGAACUGGGCAACUGCAGCCGUUGUCGCCAUUUUUCAUCACACCAAACAGUUCAUUUGUGCUGAAAAACGACAGUGCGGUGCACCCGUUGGAGGUGUUCCUUGUUACAGCUCACUGUGGAGAACUUGUUGAAGAGGCGUUUGAAAGUUUAAAGGGUUAGGAGGCAUUCUGAAUGAUAAUCAUCCGAUGAGGAUCUGUGGGUUCCGAUUGAAAUUCAAUUGGACAUACAUCUAGAACACAAAACGUCGCCCGACAAGUGGGGCAAGUACACUUUGACGAGAGCCAAGUCUCAGACUUGCUGGCAUCCUGUCGAUGUACAAACCAACUCGCUAAACAAUCCACACACCACAUUGGUUUGCAAUAACAACUAGUGCAAUUCGCCGCUCUGCCUUCUCCUGUUGACGGGGUGUCUUCACAGUACUUCUGCAGUUUUAUAUCGGACUUGUUCUGCAUACAACCAAUGCAAAUAUCUACAUCCUGGAAAUACACAAAUAUUAUCAAAUAAACGACGUUAAUCAAUAGUAAUCAAGUAAGUAUAUAAUAAGAAGUGAUUGUGAUAACGAUAAAUCACAUUCAGAUAUAAAAAAUAUUAUCAAUUAUGGGAAAUCACGACAAUAUUAAAACGUAAUAGGUAGAAAA